CGGGCCGGACCGGGAGGCGCUAUACUAGAUAGAGAGAGAGGGAAAGGCAGGGACCUUAUCAGCAGCGCCACCCCCCAUCCCUCGCCGUCCCCCUCGGCUCUCUCUCCCCUCCUCCCUCUCCUCUCGCCCUGCCUGCCUUUAAUUCGGGGGCCGCGCACGCCGCACGCCCUCCUCCCGUCCCGUCUCUCCCCCCUCCCUCAGCGGCGCCGGUACGGUGGCUACUCUGAUCCUCCCCGUGCCUGCCUUAUAGCAGCCACCGCAUCCAGCCUCCCGCCGCCACGUCUAGGCCCUUCUCCAUCUAGAUCCCGGCCGCGCGCGACUAGCUCCUGCGCCUAGCUAUAAACGCACGCACGGCCUCUCCUACCUAAUCAGCAUCCUCUCGCUUACUGCUGCCGAGAGGCGGGUUGCGUUCAACUCGGUUUAGGAGGCAGCGAGCCGGCCGGCGAGGUUGCUAAAGCUACAAGCUUCUGCAGCACAGCGUCGGCGUCGAGGAGAAGCUCGCUCGCUUCUGCAGGAGGCAGGUUUAGGCAGCGGUGGUGUGGUGGUGAGGGCGAGGAAGGAGCUGCUUCUGCACGCGAGGAGCGCGGCCGAUCGAGACCGUGAAGCUGGCGGCCGGCAAGUGGUGGGAGCGGCCAGAUGACACGGCCAUGCCCGGAAUGGACCCCGGCGGAGGCGGCAGCUCGCGCUACUUCCACCAGCUGCUCCGGCCGCAGCAGCCCUCGCCGCUGUCGCCCAACUCCCACGUCAAGAUGGAGCACCACAAGAUGUCGCCCGACAAGAGCCCGGUGGGCGGCGAGGCCGAGGCGGGCGGCAGCGGGAGCGGGAGCGGCGCCGGCGGCGGUGACCAGCCGUCCUCGUCGGCUAUGGUCCCGGCGGAGGGUGGCAGCGGGGGCAGCGGGUCGGGCGGGCCCACGCGGCGGCCGCGCGGGCGGCCGCCGGGCAGCAAGAACAAGCCCAAGCCGCCCAUCAUCGUGACGCGGGACAGCCCCAACGCGCUGCACUCGCACGUCCUCGAGGUCGCGGCCGGCGCGGACGUCGUCGACUGCGUCGCCGAGUACGCGCGCCGCCGGGGCCGCGGCGUGUGCGUGCUGAGCGGCGGGGGCGCCGUCGUAAACGUGGCGCUCCGGCAGCCGGGCGCGUCGCCCCCCGGGAGCAUGGUGGCCACGCUGCGGGGCCGGUUCGAGAUCCUCUCCCUCACCGGCACGGUGCUGCCCCCGCCAGCUCCCCCCGGCGCGAGCGGCCUCACCGUCUUCCUCUCCGGCGGGCAGGGCCAGGUCAUCGGCGGGAGCGUCGUGGGCCCGCUUGUGGCCGCGGGCCCCGUCGUCUUGAUGGCGGCGUCGUUCGCGAACGCCGUGUACGAGCGGCUGCCGCUGGAGGGGGAGGAAGAGGAGACAGCAGCGGCCGCCGCCGGAGCGGAACCGCAAGAUCAAGUGGCGCAGUCGGCGGGACCCCAAGGGCAGCAGCCGACGGCCUCCCAGUCCUCCGGCGUGACCGGAGGCGACGCGGGCGGCGGCGGCAUGUCGCUCUACAACCUCGCCGGGAAUGUAGGGGCCUACCAGCUCCCGGGAGACAACUUCGGAGGCUGGAGUGGCGGCGGCGGCGGCGGCGUCCGGCCACAGUUCUGAUCCAUGCCUUGCUACGCCCCAAUUCUCAUCGACGACAUGGAGACGUACAUCACCAAGAUUCAAAUGGUGCAGAAGCUAGGCUUGCUAUCCAGAACUGAGACAUGCAUGCUGGAUUGUCCGUCCAUUGGAGAGAUCGACCUUUCAUCUGGGUGCUAGAAUAUAAUGCAUGUGUUUGCACAUGAGGAGGAUGCAUUGGAAAUCAUCUGGGCGUUUUAAAAAAGAGAGUAGUGGUGGUCAAUCAAAGGGACAAGAAGGAAAGCUAGAGAUGGGUUCAUGCAAGGGCCAGCUCAAUAAACUAUAGGUCAGUGAGAUCCGAUGUUUUGUGUUUCCAGCGUUUUCUUUUCCCCGUUUCGAUUUGUAAUGUGGUAUUCUAUCCUGAUUGUAUCUUGCUGUAGAAUGGUGUUUCUAUUAUAACCAUUUGCUUCUCUCCUCUACAUACCUGCGCAUUAGCAAAA